ACACAAAAGCAAGCACUCAAGAACCCCCGAUCGCGAAAUUCAAAUCGCUCAAACGGUCGAACCACUUCAUCGGCGCGCUUGUUCCCCAUCCCUCCUCCAUCCCAAACCCUAGCCUCCGAUCCAGCUUCCCUCUCCAUCCGGAGCCCCGGACUCCCGCGGAUGGCGCCGCCUGCGCCGAUGCAGCACAAGGUGCGCCUGCCGGAGAACGAGGAGGUCGCCCGCGCCCUCCACGAGAAGCGGCUGGCGAUGAGGGAGCAGCCGGCCGGUUUCAAGGAGCACCUGGACCGCACGUUCGGCAAAGCCUACCGCAACGUCUGCGCUUCCACGGAGCCAAUCCGGACGCUCAAGGAGUUCUCCAAGAUCAAGGGUGUGGGACCAUGGCUCAUACGUUGCAUGAAAGGAUUCUUUGCGGAGUCCAGCCAGGAUUUAUCUCCUACAAAAUGUAAUGUAGCAGGAGAGAAUGGGAAGAAACCAAGAGGACCAAAGCGUUGUGUGCCAAAGAAGAAGACUGCUGCUUCUGGUUCUCCUGGCAACGAGGCUCCUGCUAACUUGAACUGUCAGAAUGCUCAGUCUCUUCCUCCAUUCCUAGGAACAUUUGAGUUGCAAUCAUCUGGUAAAACGGGUUCUCCUGAAUUCAAUAUGCUAGACAAGGACCCCGUAUUAGUGGACCAUUCUAUACUAGCCAUGCCACCUCGGCAAUCCAAUGAAGAGUUUCUUGAAGCUUAUGAAGUUGUUUUGAUACUGGAUGAUCGAGAGAAUUUCGGGUCUCGUUCAAGAAAAGUUGCUUCAAAAAAAGUUGCUGAUAACAUUUCUUCACAGUUUAAUAUAUCGGUAGAGGUUAAACGUUUGCCUGUAGGUGAUGGCAUUUGGAUUGCUCGUCAUAGGAAACUUCUUACAGAGUAUGUUCUGGAUUUCAUUGUUGAAAGGAAAAAUGUUGCAGACCUAGCUAGUUCAAUUAGAGACAACAGAUACAAAGAUCAGAAAUCACGGCUGCAGAAUUGUGGGCUAAGGAAGCUCAUAUAUCUUGUUGAAGGUGAUCCAAACACUUCGAACGGAUCUGUGGCAAGCAUUAAAACAGCCUGCUUCACCACUGAGAUUUUUGAAGGAUUUGAUGUUCUGCGGACCAGUGGGUAUACCGAUACCCAGAGAACAUAUGGCUAUCUAACACAAUCAAUAGUUGACUACUACAGCACAAAUUUCAGUCUUGCUAAGAGUGCUCGUAUUUGCCCAACCUAUGAUGAGUUUGAGGGAAAGUGCCGUGACCUUCAGAAGAAAACAGUGAGCCAAAUAUUUGCUCUGCAACUUAUGCAGGUGCCACAAGUAACAGAGAAAGUUGCGCUGGCUGUUGUAGAGUUUUAUCCAACUCUUUUCUCACUCGCAAGGGCGUACUCUAUGCUUGAAGGUGAUACCCGUGCCCAAGAGGAGAUGCUGAAGAACAAGAGCAAGGUGAUAAACGCAGGAGCUAGCAGAAACGUCUUCAAGCUUGUCUGGGGUGAUGGAUGUAAUCUCCAGGCCUAGUUUCCGACUGACCCAACUUAACUGGCUUUUGCAUGUCACCAUCUUGGUGAUCACGGGUCAUGUUUUGUACGCGUAGCUCACUAGCUCCCUUGUUUAUCUGAUAUUUGAUCGCAAGGCGGCGUUCAUGUUCAGACGCCAAAUGGUUCGACCGAACACUGAUCCUUUCCGAGUUUGUGCUGUGGCUUCAGGUUGUACAAGAUGUAAUCAUACCACUAGGUGGCAGCAGACAUAUGAUUGAAAACCCAACAUCCAUGAAGGCGUAAUGUUAAUUUUCUUUCCUGA